GCAAACAAGCAAAAUGCGUCCUCACAAACUAAUACAGUUCCAACAGCAGAUCGAGUACCACCUAUAAGUGGGUAUCAAUGGCCAGCAGAUCAAACUCCUGGCGUUAUGGGUCUCAAGAAUCAUGGCAAUACCUGUUUUAUGAAUGCAGUAUUGCAAUGUCUUAGUCAUACUGACAUUUUAGCUGAAUACUUUGUAUUGGACCAAUACAAGGCUGAUUUAAAACGGCGUAACAAAAUCAAUUCACGUAAGUUUGGCACGAAAGGUGAAUUAACUGAACAGCUAGCAAAUGUCCUGAAAGCACUAUGGACAUGCAAGAAUGAAAGCGAUCACAGCACCAGUUUUAAGGCGGUUGUAGAUCGAUAUGGUUCCCAGUUUCGUAGCUCUACGCAGCAUGACGCACAAGAGUUUCUAUUUUGGUUACUGGAUAAAGUGCAUGAAGAUUUGAACACAGCAACUAAAAGACGCUACAAAAGCAUGAAGAAUACCUAUGGUCGUCCUGAUGAAGUCAUUGCUGCUGAAACUCUAGCGAAUCAUAUACGCUGUAACAAUUCCUUUGUACAAGCAGUAUUUCAGGCUCAGUUCCGCUCAUCACUUACAUGCCCACGUUGCAAGAAACAAUCGAAUACAUUCGAUCCGUUUCAUUGCAUUUCAGUACAAUUGCCGCAGCUGUCGCAGCAAACAAUCUUUGUAACAGUGGUUUAUUUGAAAAAGCAUCCGCGACAAGUCAAAUAUGGUCUAACGGUGCCGGCUGGAUCACCUAUAGUAGCGCUGAGAGAGCAACUGCAAAUAAAUACAGGCAUAUCCAGUAAUUGUAUGGUUUUAGUUGACAUAAACAAAGAAGGAUUUUCACGUGUAUUUUAUGAUACUCAACCGGUUGCAACAUUGAAUGGAAUUGAUACAAUUUAUUGUAUUGAAGUACCAGAAAUAAAAGCGCCAGCAGUUACAACAACAUCUGGAAAUGCAAACGAAGGCACUUUUAACAAAAAUUGUGAUAAUACAACUACAAGUGUCCCAACGACAGUAAGUAAUACAACUACAUCUACCACUUUGUUAAUACUUGUAACAAAUGUGCGAAAAAAGAAGAAGUAUGAUCCUGGCACCGAUGAUGUUGUUGCUACAACUGAUGCUGAAGUAAAAGAAAAAGAUAUAGGCUAUGAACGAUUUAGUUCACCAUUCAGUAUGCAUGUAUCACGUGACUGUAGUUUUGCAGAAUUACAAAAAAAACUGUUGCGUGAAAUGGCGCCUUUGCUCAAACCAGAAGUUUUUUCAUAUACAACACCAACAAACAAAAUGUUUCAUAUACGCUUACAAGAUCCUUCAGCCGAUCCAGUAACAUAUCUUGAGCCAGUUGAACAUCCAUUAUUAACAGAAAUGAUUGAUUUAGCUUUAUCAGUACUGUCAGCUGAGGCUGGACCAGCACAUAUAAAAUUAUUGUUAGAAUGGUCUGAACCAGAAGAGUAUUUUGCUGAUCUUACGUCCACUAUUGUUGACCAUGAGAGUGUGGCACGUUUACUUGAUAAUAAGUCCAACAAUGAUGGUGUUUUAAGUUUAGAACAAUGUUUGGAACACUAUACCAAAGCGGAAACAUUAAGUGCUGAAGAUGCCUGGCGUUGUCCACAUUGUCAACAAUAUUUGCCAGUAGUAAAAACUUUAGGAUUAUGGUCACUUCCUGAUAUACUUGUUGUACAUUUUAAGCGUUUUCGCCAACAUCAAGCUAAAGGUCCGAAUGCUGCCAAGCUUACAACAAUGGUUAAUUUCCCGUUAAAUGCAUUUGAUAUGUCUCCGCAUUUGGCGCGUGGUGCUGAUGAAGAGAGUCGUUCAACCCUAUCAGCUUCAGAUGCUACACAACAUUUUCGGCCUAGUCCUUGGAAAAAAGGUCGUACUGGAGAUUCACGAUCUUCAACACUUAACUCUCGAGAUAAUAAAGAGACACGGUAUGAUCUGUAUGCAGUAUGCUACCAUCAAGGUGAUACAUUAGAAACUGGGCAUUAUACCGCUGCUUGUAAAAAUCCUUAUGAUCGGCAAUGGUAUAAAUUUGAUGAUCAACGUGUUACGAAAGUUCCAAAUGAAUCAAUACAAGAGCAAAUAAUUAAUAACGAAGCUUAUAUGCUUUUUUAUCAGAGAAGACUGGGAGAUGUCGUCGAAUGUUCUGGUUCUAGUUCCAAUUCCGGAGAUCAUUGGGUAUCACGUAUAGCGCCUCCUCUUCCACCACCAACUCAAACGGUGGAUCAGUUAAACGUAACUGUAGAAAAGGCUGAAAGUCAAACAAAAGAAGAUGAAGUGGAAAAUGAAAAUGUAAUAACGAAAGCUGAAACAAAACCAUUAGAAAUACCGAAGAUUAGUAACGAUAAUCAAGAUAAUUUAUCAAAAGAAGUUGAAAUAAAUGUCGUACCAGAAAAUACGCUCGCUCAAACGGUUGUGAUUGAAAAAGUGGACGAAAAGAACUUGGUCGACAUUAAAGAAAUUGCUUAUGCAGAUGGCGUUGGUGCUGAUGAUGAAGAAGAUGAACUCGAAGUUCUGGAAACAUUAGUUACAAAAAUUAAUGAAGUCGAAAAAGUUACAGAUGAUGUUAAUCAAAUAUUUGAAAUGGAUGAAGAUUGCCCCAUAAAUGAAAAUGAAAUCACUGAACAAAAUGAGUUGGUAAUUCCAACAUCUGAGUCAGAAAAAGUAAAUAAUGCGGUGCCAAUAACAGCAAUGACAGUAUUAAGAACAAUUUGCUCACCUACAAAGAAAUCAGCUGCUUCAUCAGGAGAUACAGCGGCAACUAUAUUAAACCAUUCACCACAAGUUGUAAAUAAUCAUAAAAUUGACAUGAACGGUAUGGACAUCAAUCGUUCGAGCAAAUAUUCUCCAACACCAAAUGCUUCAAAAUCAACAACAUCUUCGGAUUCAUCAUUAUCUUCACGUUCCUCACCACAUUCGCUAGCAACUUCAGUUAAUGGUGCUUCAAACUUACAGACAAAAUUCAAUGGCUUCCCAGUGACCCAGUCGGCAUCAGCUAAUAACAACUAUAAAGAGGCUUUGUUAUCCACUAGCUUAAAAAGCAAUAGUAGUAGCAUUAUUGGAACAGCUGUAGCUGCGCAUACGCACGAAUUUCAAUUGUCACGACAACACAGGCAACAUUGGAAUGGCAGUAGAGUAAGUGUAUCAGCUGUUGAGAAUGGUACACAUCAACUACAGCAACAGACACAUGGCCUAAAUUUACGACACUCCUUUUCCACAAGUUCAAACUGUAAAUUACGUGAAUGCAGUGAGACUUUGUCAUCAAUGCUACGUAACUCUGCAAAUACCUGCAGCAAGGAUACAUUAAUAUUCAUUGAUCAACAAAGCCAUCAUCAUCACAGUUUAAUUGAAGAUGAUGAUGACACAUUUAUGGGCAGCCGUUCAUUAUGGAUUUCGCCAGUUACACCACAUAAGCUCAUUACCGUUUCACCAAAAAACUGAAAUAAUAAAAAAUAUUAAAUGCUGACUAUAUGUAAUAUUAAAUUAAAUUUAGUGUGUUGUUUG